GCAAUCUUGAAAGGGGUGACUAUGGAGACAAGGGAAAAGACGAAGAGCAGAGUUCGAUGAAAGAAAAGGAAGGUGAAUCGAAAAAUUCAGGAGAAGGAUCAGCUGGGAGCGCCGAUGGCGAUGGGGUUAUGGCCCAGGCGCUCGAGGGCUUUAGAUCGAUGUUAAGUGGCCACAAUCUUGGCGAGGCUAACCCUCGUGUUUCUCCCACAAACCUAAGCGAUGCCAUGGCAAAGCCCAGGGCGACGCCCAACUCAACAGGGCAGCGUAGGGGCGUUGAUCGGCCCAAGUUAACUAGAGAUGCUAGUCGAGUGGACGAGAUUGGUAAGGAGGCGAAUGAACGCAGACUAAGCGGCGUCGAUUGGAAGGGUGAUGAUGAUGGAGGCUUAGGCACAUCGAGCAACGUCGAGAAUCAUGCGGGCGUCGGUGGCUGCCCAAGCGUAUUAGGCAAGGCCAUGGAGACAUUAAGCGCGGGUGAGGACGUGGUAGGCAGCGACGCCAACUGUAGGCACAAGUCGGGCAACCAUGUCUGCUGUUUGGGCGGCGGUGGCGACUCUGAUGGGAGCCUGAGACUGGAUGAAUCCCUUCGUGGUAGACUGGGCACUUGGAGAAUGGACUCAUUGCAUGGGAGAGACAGACUUGGGCACCGAGACCCCACUUGGAAAGGUGCCCGAGCCAAUAGGGGCGAUACAGUGGAUGUUAGGCAAGCUUCAUGGUGA